CUCAUGAUCGUGCGGUUCUUCUGUAUGAAUAUGUGGGGAAGAAGACGGUGGACUUGCAACACACCGAAGUUCCAGAUGCUUACAGAGGGAGAGGAAUAGCCAAGCACCUGGCCAAGGGGAGUGAUGGCUGCGACGGAUUGCUACAUUGUGCAUGAGAUCUACAACGGGGAGAAUGCACAGGACCAGUUUGAGUAUGAGCUGGAGCAGGCACUGGAGGCCCAGUAUAAAUACAUUGUUAUUGAGCCCACACGCAUCGGAGAUGAGACGGCCCGAUGGAUUACCGUGGGCAACUGCCUGCACAAGACGGCCGUGUUGUCAGGCGCCGCUUGCCUCCUGACACCACUUUCACUGCCCCCUGAAUACUCGCGCUAUGUGGCGUUGCCCGCUGGCGCCCUGAGUGUGGCCUGCGCUGCCCUCUAUGGGAUUUCAUGGCAGUUUGAUCCCUGCUGCAAGUACCAGGUUGAAUAUGACAGCCAAAAACUCUCACGGCUGCCCCUGCAUACACUCACCUCUUCGACACCCGUGGUAUUGGUACGCAGGGAUGACAUCCACAGAAAGAGACUCCAUAAUACGAUAGCACUGGCUGCCCUGGCGUACUGCGUCAAGAAGAUCUACGAACUCUAUGCGGUAUGAGUGCACUCUGAAGAGGGUUUAAGAACCGACAGAAAAAAGGAAAAAACAAACAAAAAAACAGAACCUAUCCACCCCCAGAUGUAAGAAAAGUGGAAGCCGCGAUCAAGCCCAGCAGUUAGCUCCACACAUGUGGUGGGUGCUUCCGUUUUGAACUUUGAUCAGAGGAAUAUAGUUAAAACUAGAAGGAAUUGUUUUACCUUUCCUUUAAUUCUAUGUGACAACAACACCACACUUAUCUCCGUAGUACCCUCGCGCCUCCUCCCCUGUGCCCUCCACCUGCAUCCUUGACACACAACAGGCCAGUGAACAAGGGUAUGGCAGCAGUUCCUCUGGACUGAAUUGAAAUGCAGUGGAAACGGACAGAUAUGUUUUGAGUACCAAGUUCUUUCCCUCGUAGUUUUACUGUACCCCAUUCUUGCUGAUGAGCACAUCACUCUUUCAUUAAACAUUAGGAUAUUUCAAACUCACUUUUCUGUAUUUUAUUUUACGUUUUUGUCAUUAAAUGGAUUCUACGUGAUGUCCAGAAAAGAGCAAAUAGCUGCAACUUAUUUGAGAUUGUGUCUUGUUCAUGUAGAUUUUCUUGUUUAAAAGAGUUGGGUGACAAUGCCGUGGCUCAAUGUCCUCUUUUGAAAAACUUAACAUUUCACACAUGCUUCUAAAAUUGUAUUGUAUAUUACAUUAACAUCAAGCCAAACUCCCUUAAUUAAAAUUACACAACACUAUUUGACACUACAGUUUAUAAUAACACAGCAAAUUCUAAAUUCAUGCUUUAUUGUAUAAGUUCAUCCAAUGGUGCUUGUUGCUAUGCUGCUUUCUAGAUUAGUACUUUUAAAAUUUGUGGUUCCAGAAGGAGUUAAUACUGAUGAUGAGAUGAACCAAAAUAAGUGUGGAUGAGUUGUGAUAUAACAGGACACUUGCAAUAAUUGAAAAAUAAAGUGGAAUUCAGAUGUGAA